AUAAGCAUCGUCGCGGUAUUACUGCCCUCUGUCCAUCUUUAUUAUUAGCGCUUCGCUCCGCCCUCCUACCUGUAAAUCUCCCCACUCUCUCCUCUGGAGCGGAUCUGACAGGCGCUCUCAGCUGGCCGCUCCGUGCCAGGGCUGCAGGGGAUCGAAUGGAGACAGUGACAUCCACCCGAGCGCUUGUCCUCUUAACGCAGAAUUGACAACGAAAACACCCGCAAUAUUAUGUAGUCUUCAACGCUGAAGAGACCGUUUACCAAUCGUAGAUUUAAUCUAUCUCUCGCUGUGUUUCCCCCUCCGUUAUGUUACAAGCUCCAGCUGACUGACGUGUUUUGUUUUUUUUGAAAGAAAGUGAAAUCGAUCGAUCGAAUUCUCCGCCUGCUAAUCGACAGGAUUCCUGAAUGGAAGACGGCUAGAGAGGUCGCCUCUCCGAGAACAGACUGCUCACAUUUCUCACUGUCGUUGUGUUUACCAUUACCCGACAUAUCAUCGGCAGCCUCGACGGCUGCACACGACGCCGUCUUCACCAUGGCUUUUGGCGUGAAUGAGCCAGAAAACCCCUCAGACUGAGAAGCGGUUAAGAUUCGUCAAUAUUGCGGAUUUAAAUGCCUCUCUCCAAGGGCCACCGACCCGCUAUUUUGGUUAGGUUCGCGUGUGCGGUGUCAUACGCUCUCACGAAUAAACAAUUCAUAGGCUGCUAAAAUACUGAAAAAGACUCCAUCGGGUGGGUGAACAUAAUCUACAGCGAAGAGGGGGAUUUUUUUUCCAAGCAAUAUGGCUGGUGAGUGGGGCUGGGGACGCUGGCACAGGCUCUCCAAGGCUCCUAAAUGCUAGCUGAGGCAGGUGGCACAGUUCCCCAUGGAAGCGACAGCUCUAUGAGGACAAGCAAUAUCAAUAAUAAUAUAAAUCAGGACUCUUCUAUCUUAAUAUUCAAGAUGGUAGACGUUGUCAUUCCGUUCUCGUCUGAGGUGCCCUGCGACAAUAAUGGGCAGCGCAUGUGGUGGGCAUUCCUCGCCUCCUCCAUGGUGACGUUUUUUGGGGGUCUCUUCAUCAUCCUGCUGUGGAGGACUAUGAAAUAUAUGUGGACUGUUUGCUGCCACUGCAACGUCAAACCGAAGGAGGCUCAGAAGGUGGUCAACCCCGUCAAUCUGGCAACAGACAAACCAAAGGGUGAUGUGAAGGAGGAGGUCCCAAUGAGCGAGGUGGGAUGGAUGACUUCAGUCAAAGACUGGGCCGGCGUCAUGAUCUCCGCUCAGACACUCACUGGCAGAGUUCUGGUGGUGUUAGUCUUUGCACUAAGCAUCGGGGCCCUCGGGAUAUACUUCAUAGACUCAUCAGAUCCUAUAGAAUCCUGCCAGAAUUUCUACAAAGAUUUCACGUUACAAAUCGAUAUGGCCUUCAACGUCUUUUUCCUACUUUACUUUGGACUGCGCUUUAUAGCGGCCAAUGAUAAACUAUGGUUCUGGCUUGAGGUCAACUCAGUGGUGGAUUUCUUUACCGUUCCUCCCGUGUUUGUUUCUGUCUACUUGAACAGAAGCUGGCUCGGCUUAAGAUUUCUAAGAGCACUAAGAUUGAUUCAGUUUUCGGAAAUCCUACAGUUUUUGAAUAUCUUGAAAACAAGUAACUCCAUCAAGCUGGUGAACCUGUGUUCCAUCUUCAUAAGCACAUGGCUCACAGCGGCUGGUUUCAUACAUUUGGUGGAAAACUCAGGGGAUCCUUGGGAAAACUUCCAGAAUUCUCAGUCACUUUCCUAUUGGGAAUGUGUCUAUUUGCUUAUGGUGACGAUGUCUACAGUGGGCUACGGGGAUGUCUAUGCAAAAACCACCUUGGGGCGGCUGUUUAUGGUCUUCUUCAUCCUUGGUGGUUUGGCCAUGUUUGCCAGCUACGUCCCUGAAAUCAUAGAGUUAAUAGGAAACCGAAAGAAAUAUGGUGGUUCCUAUAGUGCGGUUAAUGGGAGAAAGCAUAUUGUGGUGUGUGGUCAUAUUACCCUCGAAAGUGUCUCCAACUUCCUCAAAGACUUCCUACACAAGGACAGGGAUGAUGUCAAUGUUGAAAUUGUUUUUCUCCAUAAUAUUUCCCCUAAUCUUGAGCUGGAAGCCUUGUUCAAACGUCAUUUUACCCAAGUAGAGUUCUACCAGGGAUCUGUUCUCAACCCUCACGAUCUCGCCAGAGUGAAGAUCGAGUCAGCAGAUGCCUGCCUAAUCCUUGCCAAUAAAUACUGUGCAGAUCCUGAUGCUGAAGAUGCCUCCAACAUCAUGAGGGUUAUUUCGAUCAAGAACUAUCAUCCCAAGAUCAGAAUAAUCACACAAAUGCUACAGUACCAUAAUAAGGCCCAUCUGCUGAACAUUCCAAGCUGGAACUGGAGGGAAGGUGACGAUGCGAUCUGCUUGGCGGAGCUGAAGGCAGGCUUCAUAGCCCAGAGCUGUCUGGCCCAGGGCCUGUCCACCAUGCUAGCCAACCUCUUCUCCAUGAGGUCCUUCAUUGAGAUUGAGGAGGACACAUGGCAGAAGUAUUACCUAGAGGGGGUCGCAAAUGAGAUGUACACAGAGUAUUUGUCCAGUGCCUUUGUCGGCCUCACCUUCCCAACGAUCUGUGAGCUGUGUUACGUGAAGCUGAAGCUGUUGCUUAUUGCCAUCGAAUACAAGUCUGAGCAGAGAGAGAGCAGUAUCCUCAUUAACCCGGGCAACAAUGUCAAGAUGCAGGAGGGAACACUGGGAUUCUUUAUCGCCAGUGAUGCCAAAGAAGUAAAGAGGGCAUUUUUCUACUGCAAAGCUUGUCACGACGACAUCACUGACCCUAAGCGGAUUAAGAAGUGUGGCUGCAAACGAUUGAUUUAUUCCAGGAUGUCCGUCUACAAACGAAUGAAACUGGCAUGUUGUUUUGAUUGCGGCCGUUCAGAACAAGACUGCUCUUGCAUGUCAGGCAGUGUACAUAGUAACAUGGACACCCUUCAGAGGGCCUACCCACUUUCCUCUGUCUCUGUUCAUGAUUGCGCAACCACUUUACGUGCCUCCAAAUAUAAAUAUAAUGGAUAUGUCAGAUCACCAGCAGAUGGCGCUACAACACCAGGGAACAGUGGAAGUCAGAAAGAAGCUGGCGUUCGAUUCAAAGCUGAUUGCAAUUUAGUCGAAGACGAGCACCCGUCAACUCUCUCGCCCAAAAAAAAGCAGCGCAACGGAGGGAUGCGAAACUCACCCAACUGCUCGCCCAAAAUGAUGAGUCGUCACGACCCCCUUCUAAUACCUGGAAAUGAACAAAUCGAGAGCAUGGACAUGAACGUGAAGAGGUAUGACUCGACAGGGAUGUUUCACUGGUGCCCAUCAAAGGAGAUCGAAAAAGUCAUCCUGACCCGAAGUGAAGCCUCCAUGACAGUACUGAGCGGCCAUGUGGUGGUCUGUAUAUUUGGGGAUGUCACGUCCGCUUUGGUGGGGCUGCGAAACUUGGUGAUGCCUUUAAGAGCCAGUAACUUCCAUUACCACGAGCUAAAACCUAUAGUGUUUGUGGGCUCGCUGGAUUACCUGCGAAGAGAGUGGGAGACUUUACACAACUUCCCUAAAGUCUCCAUCUUACCUGGUACGCCAUUAAGUCGGGCAGAUUUAAGGGCUGUCAACAUCAACCUCUGCGACAUGUGCGUAAUACUGUCAGCCAAUCAGAACAAUAUUGAAGAUGCCUCACUGCAGGAUAAGGAAUGCAUCUUGGCAUCACUCAACAUCAAAUCUAUGCAGUUUGAUGACAGCAUUGGGGUCUUACAGGCUAAUUCCCAAGGUUUCACGCCUCCUGGAAUGGACAGGUCAUCUCCAGACAGCAGUCCAGUACAUGGCUUUGUGCGUCAGGCUUCCGUCACCACUGGAUCCAACAUCCCCAUCAUCACAGAACUAGUGAACGACUCAAACGUUCAGUUCCUGGACCAAGAUGAUGAUGACGACCCAGACACAGAGCUGUACCUCACUCAGCCCUUUGCCUGCGGCACUGCCUUCGCUGUCAGUGUACUCGACUCCCUGAUGAGCGCGACAUACUUCAAUGAUAACAUCCUCACACUGAUUCGGACGCUGGUCACAGGGGGAGCCACACCAGAGCUGGAGGCCCUGUUGGCUGAGGAGAACGCUCUCAGAGGAGGCUACAGCACACCGCAGACACUGGCCAACAGAGACAGGUGUCGCGUUGCCCAGCUAGCCCUCUACGACGGGCCAUUUGCCGACUUGGGGGACGGCGGCUGCUACGGAGAUUUAUUCUGCAAAGCACUGAAGACGUACAACAUGCUGUGUUUUGGAAUCUACAGAUUAAGAGACGCUCACAUCACUGGACCGAGCCCGUGUACAAAACGGUAUGUGAUCACGAACCCACCGUACGAGUUUGAGCUCGUGCCCACAGACCUGAUCUUCUGCCUCAUGCAGUUCGACCACAACGCCGGCCAGUCCCGGACAAGCUUGUCCCACUCUUCUCACUCCUCCCAUUCCUCCAGCAAGAAGAGCUCCUCCGUCCACUCCAUCCCGCCCUCCAACCGGCAGAACCGCAGCACUAAGACCCGGGAGCCCCGCGACAAACAGAAUGCAACAAGGAUGAAUAGAAUGGGCCAAGAAAAGAAAUGGUUUACAGAUGAACCAGAAAAUGCCUACCCACGGAACAUUCAGAUCAAGCCCAUGAGCACUCACAUGGCCAACCAAGUCAACCAAUACAAAUCCACAAGUAGUCUGAUUCCACCGAUCAGAGAAGUUGAAGAUGAAUGCUAAACACAGGGUUUUCUCGCUGACUCACCAGACAUCUGUACGCUCUUUCAAAGGAGAUGGGAGAUCACCCAUGGAGGAUUGAUGAUGAUGACGACGGGGAUGUUGAAGACUGACACAUUUCUCUUCACUCAUUCUUCUAAUCAUGGGUUGGACAGAAACCCAAACUGGAAGGGACCUCCUAUGUGUAUACCUUUAAUGUUACUUCCAUGCUCUUGGACAUUGUUUUAUUUAUUAAUGUAUCCAUAGUGAUGUACAUAAUGACAAUCAAAUAAGGAUUGUACAGCCCCUUCCCCCUAGCACUUUUUGGAAUUAUUUUAAGAGUUGACAAAAAAAAAAAGAGAGUACUUCCUGUAAUUCUUUGCAAUAGUUCACCUCUUCGUGUGACCAGACUCCAUUGCUAAGGUGGCUGGUUAUUGGAGGACGAGGGUUGCGGCGAUAAACUGAUCAUAUCAUCUCCCAAAGAUCCGCCCAGAUGCAUCACGUCAAACCAGCUGGGUCCACCGACUUCAUAUCUCCCGUCUGCUUCUGUUCUAUUUGCACUAAAACUGAACAAGUUUCUUUUGACAGAACAACUGGAACCAACAGAUUCCCCCCCCCCCCAAUAAAAUGUCGCUGAGGAGAUGAAGGAAGGAAGAGGGAGGGGAAGGCUGCUUGGCUUCGAAGGCAUACUAAUCUUCUUAGGUUGUUAUACAUCAUGUUAUUGCUUAAGGUUUGCUACUUCACCGUUGACUCGUCAUGUUGAGUGAGAGCAUUCCAGUCCUGCAGAACAAAACCAUCUUGCAAAACAGUAGUCAAGAUAACUCAGAAAAUGGUUCAGUGUUGGUGUCUGCCGGCUGAAAGAGAACCCUGUACCUACAUGUCUUCUGCUGAUACGUCCGAUCAUCAAGCCUGUGACUCUGUUUUAAGCUCCUAUCGCAUGAUAUGUGCCUGAGCCCCCUCUAUAACAGAUACAGUGCGGUUGAUGAACCUGAAUACAUGGGAAGGAUUGAAAACAACCUUCCCUUACCUUCAUACGUUCAGGAGCAUUUACGUCAUAUGCACGCUGUGUGUGUGUGUGUGCGCGUGUGUGUGUGUGUGUGUGUGUGCGGUGGGUGUGUGUGUGCGCGUGCAUUGCAGCCACUCGUCCUGAUCAUCUGCUCCAUCGCUGUGUAUGUGACGGUGCACCUUUUGAAGGAGCAGCAUGUGGGAUUUUUGCUCUAAAAAUGAAAGUCAUGGUAGAAAAACAAACAGUGGAAGAGUCUAGAGGGUUUGGAUCUACAAUCAAAAUUAUUGUGUUGCAUCAAAAAUCAAACCAAAAUCCCCAACUAUGAUUGAGCCGAGCAAACCCGAACAGCAGCUGCGUGCCCACCGUUGACACUUUGCCGUGAUACCUGCGGUAGAAUUUGGGAUCACAAAGAAGAGUGGUGUAUUUUCUGAAUGUUUUGUCUGUCCAUGUAUAAGGAAAGAAAUGCCACAUAUUGCAUAAAAGUGGGCACCAAUGGGUCCUCCUUUGAUCAAAGCUGCCUGGCACAGGGUUGGCACAGAGGCAAUAAAGAGCUUGGAUGUUCUCUGUUGCCAAUCCAGAUGUCACACGCCUGAAAACUCCCAGGAGUUAAGCUGCAAUGUUCGGUCCUCUAACACGAGGAAAUGCUCAAACAUAGUUGGGUUGAAACGCAACAAUGCCACAGACUGCUAAUAAGGAUACUGACGAGGAACCAGUGUUCUUUAUGCUAGCCUGUGUGCAACAUGAGUGUGCAUUUUGCACGUUUAGGCGACGAUAGAUCCAAUUCCAGCUAGGAUAGUGACGGAGGAGUGAGGUGGUAGCCUUGUACUCAUUUAAACAUAAUUAUUUUGUAUCCAUAAACAUAUUCAAUUUGUACUUAUUUUUCUAGACAAGAACCAAGUGAAGUGUACUAUGGGAGAUGAAAAGGCUCAAAUAAUAUCUUUAUUUACAAUAACAUAUCAAAGGAUUUUGUGUUUGACUAUAUCACUAUUUUUUUCACAUCGUACUAAAAGAAAGGUUUUUUUUUUGUUUAGUUUUAUCCCCACCUGCCCCAUCUUUAACAAACUGCAUCACUCUGGAGCCAGUAAAGCUUAGACUAGCUUGCAUUGUGAAACCACCAUCUUCAGCCUGGCAGCUCAGCUCUGUUGAGUGCUUGUAGAAAAACAGAUUAAGGCUCAUCUGAAGCCUCCUUUAGUUUCACAGAUGAGCCGUAUCUAAUAAAUAAUGCGUCUACUACUAAGCAUCCCUUGCUGCGAACAUGCAGACGGAAAGACAGGUGAAAAGUAAUUAUGUAUCGGGGGGUAAAUGUUGUAGUUAGAUGGAGAGCAGAUCAGAGUAGUUAUAAUAACAAGAAGAUCAUAGAGUCGCUCCCUCUGCGUGCAGGCCAGAACUGAAUGACCUCCAUCAUUUGACCUAAAUUAGGUCCCUAGUGUGGAGGAAGAGUGCGUACACUAAAGCACAGUGUGCUGGUGUUUUCCACAAAAUAUGAUUUCAAAUAAGACAUGGAGACGCUUGGCUGGAUUGCAGUGAUUCUUCUCUAUAGACUGUAAAGAAAAAAGUUAUUCUUAAAAAACAAAAAACAUUUGGAAUAUGGAGAAGAACAUAAUAUUGUGCUAAAUAUGUUUUGUGUAAAUUCAACCCACUAUAUAAAUCACAUUUCUUUUUCAAACAAAAAUGAUCUGAGCUUCAAUGUCCGUCUAUUGGGUGUGUUGCAACUAUUCUGAAACCUCAUACACAUUGUCCGUCAGUGAACUUUUGAACUGUGAUUACAUCGUUGUCACACAUUGUAGCAUAUAGGUUUCUUUUCAGAAAAUAUGUGAGUAAAAUAUAUGUAUAAUUGGCUCCUUAAUGGCAUACUUUCUAGCCAGAACAACAAGGAACUAUUAAUAUUUGAUAAUGGCAAUGACUCAUACACAGAACUGACAAACUGAUUGUUAUGUUGAAAAAAAAAAAAAAAAAAGAGUAGGAAAAGUUGGGCGGAAUUUGAUCUCGUUUAUCAGCCAUCACAAAUAUGUAA